AUGUCUUCUACCGUCAGAGCUGCCAACUGGAGACACGUUGAAUUAGGACGUGUUGUUUUAAUUAACAACAAGGAUUUAGCCACCAUUGUUGAAAUCAUUGAUCAUAAAAGAGUCUUAAUUGAUGGUCCAAAAAUCCAAAGACAAUCUAUUGCUUUAGCCAAGGUUGUUUUAACCCCAAUCGUCUUACCAAACUUACCAAGAGGUUCAAGAACCGGUACCGUUCACAAAAAAUGGACUGCUGCUGAAAUUGAUUCUAAAUGGGCUGCCACUUCAUGGGCUAAGAAAUUAGCUGCUAAAGAAAGAAGAUCUCAAUUAUCUGAUUUCGAAAGAUUCCAAGUCUUAGUCUUAAAGAAACAAAGAAGAUUUGCUGUUAAGAAAGCUUUAGCUAAAGCUUAA